AUGAAGAAGAAAGAGCAAGUCGAAAAAGCUCUAGGGGUUGUCCUCGUACAUCAACAUGCAAGGGUUGCACAUGUUGUGUGUGUCUUGGGUGCCUCAGAUGCCGCUACUUGGACUGCGACUGCCGCAUCUGUGUUGAUUUCAUGCAGAAUGCCCAACCAUGAGCCCCUCUCAAUCCCAUCUCAUCCCUCCUUGUUCCAGAUUUUGUGA